AUGGCUCAGCCGAAUUAAUAUAACUGGACUCUUUAAUCGAAUAAACUUUAACAAGAUUCUGACAACAUCUCCUCAGAUGACUCAGAGGAUGCUAUAAUAUCAGACGACCAAAGCGAGCAAUAAAGAAAUCAUGUUGUAUUAAAUGGGAGGAAGGCUUUUAAGGGCAACUGGAGACAUCCUAAUCCACCGAAAGAAAAUCCUCUCAAUCAAAAUGAAAGUAAAGUGAUCCAGCCAAAAAGAAAGCAUGUGCAAAUAGAUGACUCCACACUAGACAUGAAUCCCAACUAAACUGUAGAUCUGACUGAAGCCAAUCUCAAAAUCCUGAACUAGCAGGCAGUUUUGCUGAGCUACAUUAAUAGUCCUUCGAGUAACCAAGUGAGUAAGGUGGUAGGUGCCUCCCCUUCAUAUGAAGAACUUCAGAGAAUCAAUGAAUAAAUCAAAGCUCUGCUGCCAAAAAGCACUAAGACGCUUGAUUCCAGAAACAAGAGAUUCUUAUUCAGGAAUGACACAAAUGACUUGAGCACUUCAAAUUUGGAUAUAAACAUUUCUAAUAAGAAAAUAGACCUGGAUUCGUUUUUCAAACGACUUUAACAAGACAUAGAUAGAAGAAAAUUAUCCAACGAUAGGAGGGCCUAAUAGGUUGAAAAACAAAAAGAAGAUAAACUCAAGAAUGAAUGCACAUUUACUCCAGAGAGAUCCAGAUCAAAACUCUCUAAGAUUUAUGAAGAUAGCUUGCAAUAGAAAAAGUAAAAUAAAUCCAAAAAGGAAAAAAAGAAAAAUGAACUUAACGCUACAACUAUUGUCAUGACAACCAAGCAGCUAAGGUAGGCUAAUCUAGAAGCAAAAAAGAAUCCAAAAAUCAACAAAAAUACUGACGCAAUCCUUUGGCAUAAGUUUGAAUAUGAAUGGAAUCAUGUUGUAAAAGAUUAUGAGUUAACGGAUAUAUUGCAGUUCAAUUUCGAUUAGUUUAUAUAAGUAAUGCUAGGCUUCAGAUUUAUCAAACACUAUAAUGACGACUAAAAGAAGCUGGAGUUUCAGCAAACCCAGAUUCUUACUGAUCUAUUCAACGAGGUGGCUGGUGUGGAUGUUAAAAAUAUGAAUAACACUAGUAAAAGGAAUCUAAGAAAUACCUCACUAAUAGACCCAGUAAAGUUAAAGCUAAACGUUAUGAAGCUUAUGAAUGUGAAAUAGCCAAUUAAUAAAGAUGAUGAUUAGUCAACAGCUGCUGAUAUUGAGGAGUAGAAGAGGCCAUUAGAGAUUAAUAUGAGUACACUACUCUCACAGCCUUAGCUUGAGAGGCAAAACACAUCAUAGUUGACAGCAAAUGUAAGAGAUCAGUUCAGAGUCAGAUUUAAGCAGUUGAUUUAGAACAGAGACGAAAACCUUUAGUAUGAAAGAUAAAUGUAACUCAAAAUAAAACACAAAGAAGAAAAACCAACGUUUAAGCCUAAGAUAAGUGAAAAGAGCAAUCAAAUAUUCCAAAAACUAGUCAAUCAAAGUGAAUUAAUUGAAAAGUAAUCAAAGGAAAACAGUAUCAUGAUUGCAAGUACUAGUCUAAUUAAAACUCAUACCACUAAGAGCAUAACUCCAUACAAGUCAGAAGAGCAUUUCACUUUCAGUAGCAAAUGA